ACAAAUUAUUAACUAACAAAAAUUUAUAAUAGUAGUACUGUAGUAGAGAUUAAAAGAUUGAGAAAAAAAUUAAGACAUUAAGCGACCAAAAGACCAAAUAAAAUCUUUUUCGAAAAUAAUUAUUUGACAUUGACACAGGUUUAUGGGAUUUUUGUACAAUAGAUUUUUGAAAUGUUUACCAGACAUAUUACUGCAGUUGUUGGUAUUUCAAGUUUUUGCCUUGGAAUAUGGAUKGAUAGAAAAUUUAGGGAACUGAACRCAUUGCAAAGAAUACCAGGAUUUAAAAUAUUUGAUGCAGUUUACGCUGAUGGCAUUGUGACCAAUAAUCAAGAACUAAUUGUUAAUAAUGAACAGCGAAUAUCUCAGAUUAUGAGAUAUGGAUUUCCAAGUUUGGAUAAUGUACGUUCGUAUAAGAAUUUUGUUCUGUCUUAUGAUCAAAGGAAUCGUAUACCCCAUUGGGUUCUAGAACAUCUCACACCAGAAAGCAUACAAUAUAAUCCUAAUGUAGAUAGAGCGUCAUGUGAAUUUUAUGAAGAUAAUUCAUUUCAUGAGUUUUUUCGAGCUACAAACAAAGAUUAUAAAAAUAGUGGUUUUGACCGUGGACAUCUAGCAGCAGCUGGAAAUCAUAAAGCUAGUCAAGAAUUAAUAAAACAAACAUUUGUCUUAUCAAAUAUUGCUCCGCAAGUUGGUAAAGGAUUCAACCGAUCAGCUUGGAAUAACUUAGAAAAAUAUGUUAGAAAAAAAGCAAAAUAUAGUAAAAAUACAUAUGUUUGUUCAGGUCCACUUUUUUUGCCCAAAAAAGGAGAUGAUGGAAAAUUAUGGAUCAAAUAUCAAGUAAUUGGUGACAAUCAUGUUGCUGUUCCUACUCAUUUUUAUAAAAUUAUUGUUAUUGAGAGUUUAGACUCUAAAUUUUAUUUAGAAUGUUAUAUAAUGCCAAAUCAAGUGAUUCCUGAUGACAUACCAUUAAAAGACUUUCAAAUGCCUUUGGAAGUAAUUGAACGUGCAUCAGGAUUACAAUUUUUUAAACGUUUAACACUUGAUAAAUUUACAAACCUUAAUUAAUAAUUACUAAUUAGAAUUGAAAUAACUUAGUAUUUAACAUGUUACACACAUAAUUAUGUGGAGUUUAAAUAUAUUAAUUAUACAAAUCAUUAUAAAAUUAAUAUUUUUAUCUAUAUUACAACUGUUGUACUUCUAUCACAGAUUAUAAUCUGUGCUUCUAUAGUGAGUUCUAUCAGCUGUUUCAGAUGUUAGUUAUCCUUUACUUAACAUAUUAGAUAUGUUGUGUUUGUCAAAUGACACCCAAAAUAUAUUUUCUGUCUACUACUUAGCGCAAUCUCAUCAAGUGCUUCUCAUGAUAGA